UGUUCAUCAUUUCAUGAAGCCAUUUCUGGUUAGCAUCGCCGCUCUUUGCUCCUCGUUCUCGGUGUAAAAAUGGCCCAGGCAGCUCAGACCAACUCUCCGGACUCCAACAGCUCACAGAUCGAAGUGGAACACGACCGGAAGAGACGACAGUUUGUCAUCAGGCUGAACGGAUCUCAUGAUCGAGCUGUUCUUCUCUACGAAUAUGUGGGGAAGAAGACGGUGGACCUGCAGCACACUGAAGUUCCUGAUGCUUACAGAGGAAGGGGAAUCGCCAAACACCUGGCCAAGGCAGCCAUGGAUUUCGUGGUGGAAGAAGAUCUGAAAGCCCACUUGACCUGCUGGUACAUUCAGAAAUACGUCAAAGAGAAUCCUCAGCCUCAGUACAUUGAACAUAUUUAUCAAUGACCGAUCAGGUCUGAGGAGACGGAGACAGAGACUCUUGGAGGAUUCACUGUGCUGCAGUAUGCUUUGGAGCUACAGGCCGAUAUACUUAAAGGAGCUUCCAGGCGUUGAUCACAAUGGGAUUUUAAGCUACUCCAGAGACCAGUAACCUCAUGGAAAAGACAGCUGUGAGCUGAACAUUGGGUCGACGCUUGUCCAUAAUCAGAAAGGGGAAGUGGAUGAGCUGCAGGUUAUAAAUCAGAAUCAACACCAGGAAAUAAAACAGCCAAAGCUGAAGGCCAUAAACCCUCUGAGUGGAAGUCAACGGUCAGAUGUGAUUGAGACCAGCUGGGAGUCAAAUACUGGGAUGGAGAUUUUCUUUCUUCCCCUUUAUUGGUUGGGAGAAACAGGACAAGAUGGCCACCAGUGGUGUCGACAUGGAGGCAACGAUGCCUUCAAUGAUAAUCCAACUGUGAUGACUUUUAUACUUCCUCUUCUUAAUUCAGCUUUCUUUUGUUAGUCUGAAUUUAUGUUUUAUUCCCCCCUUCUCUUGAACGUUGGUUUUCUUUGGGCUAAAAAAUCCCACAAAUUUAGUAAAUUGGAAAGUUUUAAAACAUUAGGGUAUUUUUUCUUGGUAAUUUCAAAGUGUUAGGUGAGGGAUAGGCACUGAUCUUCUAAUAUUUGAACAAUCAUUCAUUUAUAGAAACUGUAGAAACUGUUUCCAUUUAAGAAUCGUUUCCAUUUAUUCACUGGCGCCUGGUUUAUGCAGACAACAAACGGAGGCUGCAGGGCAUCUACAGUUGUUUACUAACCACCAAUAAAGACUACAGAGAUCAUUAGAAUCGAUCUUUUCUUCUAUGAAGCUGGCUGCACAUGACUAGA